AUGCUUGUGCUAUUCGAAACUCCGGCGGGAUACGCUUUAUUCAAGCUGCUGGAUGAGAAGAAACUAAAGGAAGCUGAAAAUCUCUACAAAUCCUUUGAAAGUCCAGAAACGGCAUCCAGGAUAAUAAAACUGAAGCAUUUUGAAAAAUUUGCUGAUACUACCGAAGCACUAUCUGCAACAACUGCAGCAGUAGAAGGAAAACUGUCGAAGAGCUUGAAAAAAGUUCUAAAGAAGUAUGUAGACAAGGAUCUGCAAGAACAACUUUUAGUAGCAGAUUCAAAACUAGGUAUAGCAAUAAAGGACAAAUUCGAUCUACAGUGCAUCAGUAAUAGCGCUGUCCAAGAGCUAAUGAAAUGUAUUCGAUCACAGCUGGAAAAUUUAAUUUCUGGAUUACCAAGGAAAGAAUUAGUUGCUAUGGCAUUAGGUUUAGCUCAUUCACUCUCUCGUUACAAACUGAAGUUCUCUCCGGAUAAGGUAGAUACAAUGAUUGUACAGGCAAUUUCUUUACUAGAUGAUUUGGACAAAGAACUGAACAACUACAACAUGAGAUGCAGAGAAUGGUAUGGAUGGCAUUUUCCUGAAUUGGGCAAAAUUAUCACUGAUAAUGUUGCAUUUGCUAAAACUGUAAAGCUUAUUGGCACAAGGGAGAAUACAGCUACUACAGAUUUAUCUGAUAUUUUGCCAGAGGAAAUCGAAGAGAAAGUCAAAGAAGCAGCUGAGAUUUCAAUGGGUACAGAGAUUGCUGAGGAUGAUAUCCUAAACAUACAAAAUCUAUGUGAUCAAAUCAUUGAUAUAACAAACUAUCGUACACAGUUGUAUGACUAUUUAAAAGCUCGUAUGAUGGCAAUGGCUCCAAACUUGAGCAUACUUGUGGGAGAUAUGGUAGGAGCUAGGCUGAUUGCUCAUGCUGGAUCACUGAUCAAUCUUGCUAAACAUCCCGCUUCCACUGUGCAAAUUCUGGGUGCCGAAAAAGCCUUGUUUAGAGCACUCAAAGCAAAGAAAGACACUCCAAAGUAUGGUAUUAUUUAUCAUGCUCAGAUGAUAGGUCAAACAAGUACAAAGAACAAAGGCAAAGCAGCAAGAAUGCUAGCAGCAAAAGCAGCAUUAGCAACUCGUGUAGAUGCUCUUGGUGAAGAUGGUUCUUCAGUGUUGGGGCUGGAACAUAAGGCAAAGUUAGAAUCAAAGUUGAGACAGUUGGAAGAAGGGAAUGUUAAAAGGAUCAGUGGGACAGGAAAAGCUAAGGCUAAAUUUGAAAAAUACCAUGGAGUGAGUCAAAUAAAACAGUACCCAGAAGCUGGUGAUUCUACUCUUCCUUCCACAAGUAAAAGGAAAAUGUCUGAAUCUGAGGUGAAAGAGGAGGCAGAACCUACAGGGACUUCAAAGAAAAAGCUGAAGAAAGAAAAAAAAAUGAACAAGGAAGAACCAAGUGCUGAGGAAGCUGUAGAAACUCCAAAGAAGGUCAAGAAAGAGAAGAAACAUUUGGAUGAAUCUGAAAUCAAAGAGGAAGCAGAGGGUGGAGAUGAAACCGCCCAUACAGUUAAGAAGAAGAAGGACAAGAAAGUGAAGAAAGAAAGAGCACCGGUAGAAGAACAAAUUGAAGCAGAGGUGCAGGACGACUCUGUUGCUGAGAAGAAAAAGAAGAAGAAAAGGAAGCAUUCAGAAUCUGCCCAGUGA